AUGAUUGCUCAAUAUUGUUGGAGGUAUUAUGAAGAGGAUAUGGAUUUCGUGCAGGAUCAGCAACCUGAAAGCAAUAUUGAGAUGGAUAUCGAUGAUGAAGAAUUAAAAGAUAUGAUUGAUGAAGUAGCCCGUGAGUUGGAUAGAUUGAGCCAACCCAUUGAAGAAGAAAUAAUGUUCAGCGUUGAAGAUGAUGACGAUGACUAUGAGGGUGAAUAUGAUGUGGAAGAAAUAGAAGAAAUGCAAGAAGCAGAAGAUGAACCGCAAGUAUAUCCUGACAAGGAAGAUGAUGUUCGUGCAGGAGUGAGGUUUGAAGAAGUCCCCGUAAAAUCACGAAAGAAAGGAGAGUUUCGAGAUGACAACGUGUUGAGCGCUGAAGCAGGAAGAAAGAUAGCCGAACGGGCGCAUAACUUGAUGUUCCAGCAGUGUGGAACUGAGAAGAAAGCAACUUACAAUGUGGAUGAGUCGUUGCUGAUUUCACGCGUCAUGCAACAGAUUUGUGACGAGGUGUACACAAGAGAUGGAGUGUCAUUUAUUCAGCAGUAUUAUCUUAACAAAGGAUUAAAGAUUUUCAAAGAACGAGGAAAAGAAGCUGCACUAAAGGAACUUGAUCAACUGAUCAAACGAAGUUGUUGGACACCCAUCAGCAUUGGUGAAUUGACUGAAUCCGAGAAGAGAUGCAUGAUGUCAAUGGACAUUCCGAACGCAUUCAUUCAGACCUUGAUGCCAGAUUUAGGUGAUGGAGAAGAUCGGGUGAUCAUGAAGGUAGCUGGACUGAUGGUCCAAUAUAUGAUCAAUUUGGACCCGACCUAUCGCGAUUAUGUUGUUUAUGAGAAUGGCAAGCGAGUGAUCUAUGUUGUGAUCCUUUGUGCCAUAUAUGGGAUGUUGCAGGCCUCGUUGCUGUGGUAUCGAAAUCUGAGAGCUUCUCUAGAGGAGUAUGGCUUUGUUUUCAAUCGAUAUGAUCCCUGCAUUGCCAACAGAAUGGUUAAUGGCAAACAAUUGACAAUCAGGUUCCAUGUUGAUGACGUUUUAGCAAGCCACAUGGAACAACAAGUACUUGAAGAUUUUUUCACAUGGGUGAAUGAGAAAUAUGGUGGCUUAAAAGAGGUCACAUGUACUAGAGGUAAAGUUCAUACUUAUUUGGGUAUGACAUUGGAUUUUCUGAAGAAAGGGAAAAUGAAAAUUUGCAUGGAUGAUUAUGUGGAUCGCAUGCUGAGUGAGUUUCCAGUCAAGUUUAAAGACAAUGCGGUCCAGGAAACACCAGCCGGAAAUAAUCUACUGGAGAAAGGUAAAGGGGCACCGCUUGAGAAGGAGCGACAUGAAGUGUUCCAUUUGUUUGUUGCCAAAUUGUUAUUUUUGUCCAAAUGUGCUCGACUGGACAUCAGUCCGAUGGUAUCAAUUUUAGCAUCAAGGGUGCAAUCGCCGAAUCUGAGUGAUUGGCAUAAACUAGUUCAAUUGAUGAGAUACAUUCAUUCAACAAAAGGAUGGCAUCUGACAUUGAGCUCUGAUGAUUUGCGCGUGAUUAAAUG